UUCUCUCUCGCCGUAGAGCCCGAAGGUCACAUGAUGGGAGUCGUGUGGUUGGGAGCUAUGCGAUUGGUUGAGCCGUAGGGGCGACGCUCACGUGGGCGUGCGGGUGGCUUCCCUGCUGUGACCGCGGGGCGAGCGAGUUGAGUGCGGGGCCUGCUGGGCGACGAUGAGCGGCGGCGGCCGGCGCAAGGAGGAGCCGACGUUGCACCCGCACUCGCAGCAGCACCUGGUGGCCAACGGCGGGGGCGGCGUGCUGCGGGGCUCGCUGUGGAGCAAAGCGCUGCGGAGCGACUCCGCAUGGGAGGACAAGGAUGAAUUUCUAGAUGUGAUUUACUGGUUCCGGCAGAUCAUUGCAGUUAUUUUGGGAGUGAUCUGGGGCAUUGUUCCACUAAAGGGAUUUGUGGGCAUAGCAAUAUUCUGCCUCAUAAAUGCCGGAAUCCUGUAUCUCUAUUUUAGUAGCUUCCAGCAAAUAGAUGAAGAGGAGUAUGGUGGAACAUGGGAACUAACGAAGGAAGGAUUCAUGACUUCUUUUGCAUUGUUCUUGGUUGUCUGGAUAAUCUUCUAUACAGCCAUCCAUUAUGACUGAGAAAGUCGGCCAAAUCAGUUGUCUUAAUAGAUUGAAAAACACUUUCAGAAAAAGCCUCUGGUGGACUGGGGGGAGGUAAAAUAUGCCAGCUUUUUAUACCAGUGGUCCAAGGAGAUGGGACAAGCCUCGGGGCUUCUGGGAAGAGAAGUUGAAUAUGUCUUGAUUAUUAUUAAAGUAUUUCUUUUCCAGAACUAAAAACAAAAGCCAUCACAAUGUUUUUCAAACAGUACAAGACUGUUCAACCUUUGAGCCCUUUCUGUGACUUGAUCUAUAUGGUGACAGCAAGCCUCUGUAUGCUAAAGGAUGAACCUAUUAAUCCGUUUGUAUUCAUUAUCCUGCCCUCUGAAUGAGAUUGUUCAAUUUGUGACUUGUCUUCCGUUUGCAAGAUGUACGAUUUUAAAAUGGUAGCCAUCAUGAGGCAUUUGGCAAGAGUUGAACUCAACAGAACUUAUUUCAGAACAUUAGAGUUUGAUGGUUGUCCUUGGCUUGUUUUAAGAAAAUUAAAGAUCUGAUUUGAGUUAAUUGAUUGUAUUUAAUAUUGAUGUAUUUAACUGGUUCAUUGAGGGUUCCUUAGAUCUUGGUUGCUUAGAAGUGUUAUAACCAGAAUCUUCAGAUUAUGUCCUAAAAUGUUGGGGUUUUAACUCUUUAUUGAUCAGUGCUGGGCUUACCUGGCUUGAUUGUUUAACUUCCAAGAACUGUCACCUUAAUGGUUCAGUUAGCCAACUAAUUUAGUUCUCAGAGCCUACCUCAGUGGUCUAAAUGCACAAAAUAAUUAAAGACAUAUUUCAGAACUCAAUUAGUUUGGUAUCUUUACAGGUUUUUGAAGUUCACACAACUCAAGUUUUCAUUUUUAGUGACAUAGAAUAAUUAAGGCAGCUAAUGUCUUAACAUGGAACUAACUCUUUCAGGGUAGUAGAUUGACUUACAGUUUGUUUUGAUCUUUGUGAUUAUUAAAUAAAGGUAUUAAAUAAAGAUAUUAAUAAUAAAGGUAUUGGUGACUGUA